AUGAGCCUGAUCGUAGCUUGUCGAGGAACACACAAGUUGUGGAAUGUCGAUGUGGAUCGGAUGUACAUUCCUGUCUACGUCAAUCUCAACCAUUGGAUCGCUUUAUGCAUCAGUUUCGUGAAUAGGCACAUCGAGGUGUUUUGCUGUGGGGGUAAAAAGAAGAUCAAGGAAGUGGAAGCAUUCACGCAUUUUGUUCCUUGGAUCCUCAAGGCCGUUCAGUCAUUGAGAAUGCAGAAGCAUCUCAAUAUCACUCCAUACACUGUUUCAUGUGUCCCUAUGUGUGGUCUUAACCGAUCUAAUUUUCAUUGUGGUGUGUACACUCUAAAAUACAUCGAAUGCCACUUGCUUGGGUUGGACAUGUCAUUGGUGGAUGAUGAUAACAUAUGGGGAACUCGGAUAAAGAUUAUGUGGGAUCUUUGGGAUGCAGCUAGUGAUCCAGAGUUGAUUGAGAGGAUGACAAAGUAUAAGCCUCCUUAG